UCCACUCCUUGUCUGCUUCCACUCAUUGUCUGCUUCCACUCAUUGUCUACUCUGUCUACUCGUUCCUCAUCUGCUCUGCCCGCUCGCUCCUUGUCUCUCUUUGAUCCAAACACAUUUGACUCUUCUUUGCCUUCUACUCUGUCUGACCUAACCACCACCCGCUCCUUGUCGUCUACUGCUACAAGAUGCCCGCUCCCAUCCCUAUUCCCCGCAUUCUCCCCGCACUCCCUCUUCCUCUCACUCACACUUCCCUCUCCCAAUGAAAACUGGUAUCUACCUUUUCUCAGCCUACUGGGCAGCAACUCUGCUCGUCCCCGUUCAAGCCGCGCCUUCUAUCCCCACCGUCCGCGCGAGCAUCCCUCGUAACCACACAACCUUCUCCAACACCACCACCACCGCCCACGACUCCGCCCGCAGCUUGCCCGUGAUCGACCUUGGCUACGCCAGAUACCGCGCGUCCGCAUACACCGAAGAAGGCGACUUCUACACCUUCUCCAACAUCCGCUACGCCGCUCCCCCGACCGGCGCGCGCCGCUUCGGACCUCCCGAGCCUCCGCUGCAGGAGGACGACGAUGUCGUCAACGACGGCAGCUACGGGUUCAUGUGCCAUCAGGCGUAUAACCUGCAGUUCAAGGGCCUUGAGUUUGUCGCGCCCGCAGACCAGCAGAGCGAGGACUGUCUCUUUCUUGACAUCUACGUCCCAGCCUGCGCGUUAGCAACGACGAUGACCGCCAGCAACGCCUCGGCAGCGACCAAAGCUCUCUCGUCGGACCUUCCGGUCCUUGUCUGGAUCCACGGCGGCGGCUUCGUGUUUGGCCAGAAAGACGGGCUGAUGACGCCGCACGGCAUGAUGUCUGUCGCCGACGGCAAGAUGGUUUACGUCUCAAUCAACUACCGUCUCGGCGCGUUCGGCUUCCUGGCCGGGUCCGAGGUGAAAGAGCGCGGGCAGACAAACGUCGGUUUGAAGGACCAGCGCGCGGCGCUGGACUGGGUUGCCGCGCAUGUCUCGUCGUUUGGCGGGGACGCCGGCCAGGUGACGGUCAUGGGCGAGAGCGCUGGUGCGUCGUCGAUCAUGCACCACAUGACCGCGCCCGCGCCGGUGCAGUUCAAGCGGGCGAUCUUGCAGUCGACGGCGUACUAUCCGCAGUACGACCCCGAUCUGCUCGAUAGCCAGUUCAAGGGCUUUGCGGCCACCAGCGGCUGUGAAAGUGAUUGCGACAAGGACCGGUUCGAGUGUCUGAUGCAGCUCGACGAGGAUAAGCUCGCUCAGGCGAACAAGGACUACGUGUAUUCCACGCGAUACGGAACGUUUAUGUUUGGUCCCUACGUCGACAGGGAAUACGUUCCCUUGCUCCCGCUCUUCAGACUUGGCUACGGGCAGUUCAACAAGGACGUCCACGUGCUCGCCGGCCACAACAAGAACGAAGGCCACAUCUUCGCCGACCCGACCGCGAUCACGGACGCCGACUUUGCAAACCUGCUUGUCGAGCACUUCCCGAACGCGACGCAGCACACGCUCGACGAGAUCCAGGCGCUCUAUCCGCGCCGCAGACUGGCCUCGCAGCGCGCGAGCGAUAUCAUCUCCGAGUGGAUCGUCGGCUGCAAUCUGCAGUAUCUGGACGAGUACUUUCCCAACACGUACCUCUACAAGUUCUCGCUCCCGCCCGCGCUCCACGGACUCGACCUCGUGCUCACCUUCUGGCGCGACGUGACGCCCAAGAGCAGCAGCAGCAGCAGCAGCAACACCACCCUCUCCAACAACGCGCCCAGAACCCCUCUCUCCCUGCGCGAGCACGCCGUCGAAACCUUCGGCCGCCGCGCGCUCUUCUCAAACUGGUUCUCCGAGCUCGCGCGGCACUGGCAAGAAUGGGCGGUCUCGUUCGCGGUCGGCGGCGAUCCAAACUACCUCAGCACCUCGGCCGUGCGGUUCCCGAUGGCGAACGAGGACCCGGACUCGCGCGCGAUGAUGGAGGUCUUGCGCGAUGGCGAGUUUCGCGUCACGUCGUUGGCGGAGAGUGGGGCGGAUAUGGGGCGGUGCGGGUUUUGGAUGGAAGGGGAUUGGACUGGUCGAUAGUCUGAGUUUCUCUGUGAUGUUUUGUUUGAUUUUAUAUUUAGUUUGAUUUAUAUGGGUGUUUUGGUGUAUUUUUUGCUAUUUUUGGAUGUUUUUGGUGCUACUUUCGUCAUUCGUUUAUAUCCCGUGAUAAUAAAUCUUCAAAACUGAUA